AAAAAAUGGCCUUUGUUUUUGUUAUUGAUAAAAGAUAAAUUACCAAAAAUAGAUUUACAACAAAUCAUAAAAGGAAAGGCAAUUACAACAUACAAUGGAUUUUUCCCGGCUCUCCUUUUGAACAAUAGAACUUGUUGAUUCAAAUGUAUCAUUCAUUUUUUCCCCUUUUAUUUGUUACACGAAAAUAGUUUUUUUUUUCUUUUUUUUUACUUUUUUUUUUUUAGUGUAAACUCCCCUUUCCCCCUUUGGUUUUUUUUGGAUGCUACAACACUCCUAUUAAUAAACAUUUCUUCUUCUUCGUCUUCUCUCCGCACAUAUUCAUAUAAAAAGGGUCGAUCUUUUAUUUUUAUUUUUAUUUUUUUCUUUUUUUGAUUUCAUUUUUUUUUUAAUUCGUUGUCAUAUCUACCAAUUUUUUUUUUAUUAAAUCUAUUUACAUUUGUUUCGUACAAUGAAGUUUUCAUUAGCUCUUAUUUCUACUUCACUCUUGAUAGCUAUAUCUCAAGCCGCCACUGUCAAAUUUAACGUAAUUGCACCUAGUGCCACUGAUGUUAAAGUUUCAGUGAAUGGUCAACAAGUUUCCCUGACCGCUUCUGACCCUAAUGUCCCUUACUUUACAGGAAAUGCUGAAGUUGGAUCUGCUAAAGACUAUAAGUAUGUUAUAGGAGGUGUUGAAGAAUCUUUUACUCGUGCUCUUGAUAGUUCAAAAUCUUCUACAUUAAAUGACUUUAUGAAUCGUCCAGUUACUUAUGCUAAUAUUCCCAAAUUACCAUGGCCUAUAAAGAAUAAUCCUCAAUGGACUCGUAGUGUAAAGCCUGAAAUUUAUGAUGAAAAUUAUAUACCUUCUGUGUUUUUCACAGGUGAUUCUGCAGCUGUUGACGCUAUUGUUAAGAAUGUACCUAAAGAUAAAGUGACGGGCACACUUACAUUUAUUGGUGCUGACUAUCUUCAUACAUUCCAGAAUGUCACAUUUGGUCUUCAUGGUGCUGGUAAAAAGAAAAAUAAUGCAAAACAGUCAUGGAAUUGGAGUUUAAGUCCAGGUGAUAGUCUUGGUAAUCGUACGUUUUUUAAAUUAAGACAUAUGGAAGAAGACCCUACUCAACUCCGUGAAAGACUUUAUUCUGAUGUCCUGCAUGCACUUGGUACUUAUGCAAAUGAAGCCACCAUGAUUCGUCUCUUCAUUAACGGGGAUGGCUUUGGUACGUUUAAUAUAUUGGAUGAUAUUACUGAAUUCUCUUAUGUCAAUGCCCUUUUCCAUGGCGGUCAAGCUCCUGCUAAGCAAGGACUCUUAUUUGAUGGUGCCUCUGGAGCUGAUUUCCUUUAUCAUCCUGGUAAUCUAGAUGGUUAUUCUUCUUGGAUUCCUAAUAAUGCCAAUGAAGAGGGUUAUGAAGCCUUUGACCCCCUCUGUAAGGCCUUUAACGAAACCAAUGUAAAGGAUAACGCUGCCCUUGCCAAUUUUGAGAAACAAUUUGAUACUGAUCAUUUUAUGCGAUUUAUGGUCAUGGAAUACCUUGCUGGUCAUUGGGAUGGCUACUGGAUGUUACAGACCAAUGAUGGUGCCUAUAGAGAAGCGGAAACAAAUAAAUGGUAUUACCUUGGUCAAGAUUAUGAUGCUACCUUUGGUGUUAACUUGGCUGUAGCAGAUGCAAAUGCCUUCAUGACUGUCUCCUAUAAGGAUUGGCCCUCUCUUUACCCCGGUGGUGUCAUGAUCAAUCGACUUCUUGAAAAUACGGAUAAACGUGCUCAAUUUGAAAAUUAUUUAACUGAGACGGUGCGUGUCCUGUUUAAUAACUACACCCUUACCAACCGUGCCUUGGCCUUACAUAAGUUCUUAUUACCUGAUCUUGAAUGGGAUCGUUCUAUCGUUCAACGUUCACCUGGUAUUAACUUUGGUUGGGUCUUUAAUCAAGUCUCUGACAAUUUGUGGAAUGGUGUAGAAGCUCCUAAUAAUAAUGGAGGUGGCGCCUCUUGGGGUUUAAUCCAGUGGAUCGCUCAACGUUCUGCUGCUGUUGCUAAGGAAUUUAAUAUCUCUAUCGUGACAGAACCUGUUGGUCCUCCUAAUGGUAAUAGUUCUAUUACUCCUGGUGGAGAUAAACCUUCUUCACCCUCAUCGUCAUCAUCUUCUUCUUCACCAUCUUCUUCAUCAAAGGCAUCUGACAAUUCUUCUUCAAAUUCUAAUACAUCUGCUCAAAGUGUAGAUGAAAGUGCUGCUUUACCUCGUGUCUCUCCUAAAAUGGCUUUGAUUGUUCUUUCUGCAAUUGCAGCUACUAUUUUUUAAAAAAAAAAAAUUCCCUAUAUGUAUAUAGAUAUAUGUAUAUAGAUAUAUAUGUAUAUGUACAUGUAUAUGUAUAUGUAUAUAUAUUUAUAUACAUAUUUUAUUAUUAUUAUUUCUUUCUUCUUCAAUCAUUCUUACAAUGUAAUAAUAGCAUAAUAUAUAUCUUUAAUUAAACUAAAAUAUACAUAUAAAAUGAUGGAUUUUAAUAUUU